CCUAUAUUUGCCUAUAUUCAUUUUAAUUUUAUCAAAUAUUUUGAUUUAUAUUUUUGUAUUUUCUUAUGGUCUCUUGACUUGUGUAUAAACGACUUGGUUUCAUAAAGAACUACUUAAAUUCGUUAUACGGCCAUUUAUUGAGGGUUAUGCUAUGAAGACAUUGUAGGAUAAAAUACAAAAAGUUUUGAAAUUUUGCUGGAAUUACAAUAUUAAUUAAUUUUUCAAGCCUUGGAACACUGGCAACUGUCUGAAAGCUAUUGAAAAGCAUUGAGGAUAAAAAUAAAUACUGUUACAAUGUCUGCGAUUAAUAAAUUUGGACAACGACAAAAUUCAAGAUCGAGAAAUUUAAUGAAACCCAAUCGACAAGGCAACAAACUGUCUGGCGCAGCAAGGCGAAGAAUUGUAGUGGAGGAAAUGUUAGCUGCGAAUAGCUCUUUAUUAUCAGAAGCUGAAAUGAAAACAAUGAACUCGAUGUUUAGCAUUGAAGGUCAACCCAAAGUUUGUAUAAGAGAUCCUUUUAAAGGUACUGCUUAUUCUGAUAAAGGAUUUCGCGGAGUACAUGAAGACUUGCCAUGUAAUUUUGGUGACGACAGAAGAAAUCAUGAACAUAGGAACGCAAGAUACGUUUCUGAGACCAAAAAACCUCAAACCAUGGCUGAGGCAUUUUCAAGGCAGAGUCACUCUUCCAAGUUUACCGUAGAUAAUAGAAGUUCAUCCUCUCGUGGAUAUAGAUCGAAUGCAGCUGAAAAUCGAAAUGAAACAAACCGAUUUAGUCGCGAAACCCGAGACAUAAGUCCGUUUAAUCGUCAGAGAAGUCCUUACAUAUGCCAGAGGAGUCCUCUUAAUCACGAAAGAAGUUCUUUGGAGCGAAAUCGAAGCUUGGAUAACCCUCGAUAUGCCAGUAAUAUGUCGCUGGAAAGGAGGAUGCGAGAUGAGAGAAUAGAUUUUAGAACACCACGAGAUGAUCCUUAUGAGCUUGAUAGAAUUGAGCGCUACCAGGAUAGAUCACAUUAUCCUAUGCUUCAUAGAAGAAACUAAAUUUAGAAGUCUAGAUCCAAAGUGAACUAGGAUUAUCUCAGGGGAAUUGUUAAAAAAGGAUAAUUUACGAUCCUUGUGGGUAUUUAACUACAUAUUAACUUCAAAUAGAUGUCCCCAACUUUAAGAUAAAAUAAUUUAUUUUUUUAUUAGACUUUUAUUGUAUUGUAGAGUUAGUUUCUUGAUUUUGCG